AUUUGCUUCACCUGUCAUUCAGGAGCAUUUUAUAAUUAUCGAAGAGGAACAUUUCGGGCUACAUAUAACCACUAGUACUUUCAACGGCUCACUCCUGGAUGCAAAUUAGUAAACGUACAUAAAAACAAAGUUCUUCAAGUUAAAGAGAGAGCUUUCAUAAAAUUUGCAGAGACCAUUGGAUCGUCUCCGAAUUAUUUCUGCCCAUCUCCGAGAGUUAACAACCUUAGCCUUUCCUAGCCGUGUUGAUGACGUGAUGAAAAGGGCCUCAGCUAAAACGUAGAAAAGGAUCUUGCCGUGAUGCCGUGAGAACUGCAUUCUUAGAUUUUUAUGUUUUUCUUAAAUUUUAUAUUCUAUUAAUCCUCCAUUCUAUUAAUCCUCCGGUGACUUGCUCCAUAAUUAUACGAGAAGCUUUUAUGUUGGAGAUCACGUAAGGUACUAAAAUGUCAUAUCAUAAUAUUGGAAAUAUAUUUCGGAAAUGUCACCACUUAAAGCACUCAAGUCAAGUAUUUGUGUUGUCUGUUACACGGGUGGCUACUGUUGCUGCUGAUAUAAACAGAUAUGAAGAUCCUAAACUUGCAAAUGCCAAACCUUUUGAACAAAUACCCAGUAUACCUACUUUCCCAAUUAUUGGAAGUGCUUGGGUUUAUAUGCCCCUGAUUGGUCGUUACAGUCUUCAAAAGCAGCAUAUAGCCGAUCGACAAAAAUACGCUCAGUAUGGUGAUAUAAUACGUGAAAAAAUUGGACACUUAAAUAUUAUUCAGAGCUAUAAUCCCAAGACUAUGGAGAUAUUGUUUAAAAAUGAAGGCCAGUACCCAACGAGGGAAGAGGAUGGCAAAGAAUGGUGGGACCUCAGAUCGAAAACUCAGAAGCACAUCAUGAAGCCCAAAACUAUCCAAGCCUACCUCUAUCCUAUGCAGGAUGUCGCGCGAGAUUUAGUGAAGCGAAUUUACGAACAAAGAGACAAUAAUAAAGAAGUACCGGAAUUUUUGCAAGAUCUGCACAAAUGGGCAUUGGAAUCUAUCGCAUUUGUUGGAUUGGAUACAAGAUUGGGCUGCCUUGAAAGCAAUUUGCUUCCUGAGUCAGAUGGUUUACGAAUGAUAAAUUCUGUACAAACGCAGUUUGACCUCAUGAACAAACUCGAAGCUUUUGCUGGUAAUUUUCAGUUUUGGAAAUACUUUCCUACCCCUACCUGGAAGAAAUUCAUAAAAGCAGCAGAUGUAUUUACGGAAAUUGCUUUUAGAUAUAUAAAUCGUUCGUUGGAAAACCUGAAGAAGAUUUCUGUUGAGGACAAAGAGCUUACGCUGCUUCAAUCAAUGCUUCUCACCAAAGGUUUAGAUACAUCGGGAGCUAUGGUGACAGUUACCGAUAUGCUGAUGGCAGGAAUUGAUACCACUUCUCAUACUGUGGGCUUCCUCUUAUAUCACCUGGCAAAGAAUCCGGACAAGCAACAAAUACUGUAUGAAGAAAUACGGAAAGUUUUGCCAAAUGAAAGCGAUAAAAUAACUCCAACUGUUUUUGGCGAGCUUCGGUAUCUGAAAUCGUGCUUGAAAGAAUCCAUGAGGCUAGACCCAAUAGUAAGAGGUAAUGCUCGAACUUUGGAUCACGAUGUGGUUAUAUCCGGAUACAGGGUUCCAGCUGGAACUGUGAUAGGUGUUGCUUUGCAAGUUGUAUAUCGCGAUGAGAAAUAUUUUAAAGAUCCAAACCAAUUUAUUCCAGAGCGAUGGAUAAUUAAAAACGAGAAAAAUACCACACCUUUCGCUUUUCUUCCCUUUGGAAUAGGAACAAGAAGUUGUAUUGGUCGAAGGUUGGCUGAAUUGGAAGUGAUCUGUGUGAGCACAGAGAUCAUUAGGAAUUUUAAAGUGGAAUAUCAUUAUGAAGAUAUCGAUAUGUACACAAGACUGAUUAACACUCCAGACAGGCCUUUGAAAUUCACGUUCAUAGAAAGAUAAAGUGAUCAGAAUAGAAAACUUACUUAUGCAAGAAUCGAUUUGUGUAACUCCAUCUUAUCCGAUAAAUAAUUACAUUUGUGGCAAUAAAAAAUAAUCUGUAUCAUACCAAUUAGAUAAAAUUUAAUAAAUGUUCUAUUAUGGAAAGAU